AUGCCUCUCUCCGUCUCCGUACGGGAUCUCAACUUCACCGUCGUCGCGGAGCCCCUCACGCCCGCCGCCUUCCGCCCCUUCGGCGACGUCGUCCAGAACCCCAGGCCAGACAUCCUCCCCUCCCCAAGCCACACGACCGAGUCCCUCCGCGCGGCGAUAUCACCACCGCUGGCACACCCUCCAGUCGUAGCCAACCAGGGCACAGCGAUCAAGUACCCCCAGGUCUCCCAGCCGCGGGACCUCUACGCCCAGGCCCGCAGCCGCAGGCCGUCCCUCCCGCAGACCAGCAUCUUCCAGUGCGCCGCCCGCCGGCUCUCCGGGCCGGCGGGAAACCAAUUCCCCGUCGCCGUCCUCGAGCGGCACCCCUUCACGACGCAGAUGUUCUGCCCGCUGGGCGCCGACGACGCCGCCGCCUCGGCGCGGUACCUCGUCGUCGUGGCGCCGAGCGGGCCGCCCGGCGAGGCGGACGCGGGUCUGCCUGUGCCCCAGGACGGCGAGGGCCUGCCGGGCAGGGGCCUGCCGGACGUGCAGCGGCUCAAGGCGUUCGUGGCUACGGGGGCGCAGGCCGUGACGUACAGCGCCGGGACGUGGCACGCGCCCAUGGUGGCGCUCGGGCGGGAGGGGACGGCGCUGGACUUUGUCGUCACGCAGUUCGCCAACGGCGUGGGCGACGAGGACUGCCAGGAGGUUGUGUUUGACGGCCGAGGGCGCGGGGCGGUGGUCGUCGAGGUGCCGAGGGCGUUGACUGGUCAGAUAGCGCUGGGGCCGAGGUUGUAG